AUGACCACCCGCAUUCCGCUUGCCUUCCGUCGCGGCCCACGCACUAAAAAGAAACCAAUUGACUUGAUAAAGACAUGGCAUAUGUAUCGUGGUGACAAGGUCGAAAUCAUUGCAGGACCCCACAAAGGCACACAAGGCGAGAUUGUCAGCGUUGUACGCAAUUUGAACAAGGUUAUUGUAGAAAAUGUCAAUAUGUCACACCGAUACGUGAAGGCAACACCUGCAACUGCUGGCCGCUCUUACCUUUCACCGUCUCCCAUUCACUAUAGCAAUGUUAGUCUCGUGGAUCCAUCUAUCGGUAAACCCACGCGAAUCGCUAUUCGCUACACGGAUGAGGGUGAAAAGGUGCGGGUUUCGAAGAAGACAGGUACAAUUAUUCCAAAGCCAGCUAUCCUAAAGGAACGCCACAAUCCACGGCGAACAGAAACGGGCCCAUUUGACACGGCACCAGAAGAUGUGCUAGAACGCACAGUUGAGGACUGGGAGGUUACUCGUCUGUGA